UUCGUAACCGUUUGGCUCUUGAGGCCUGAUCUACUUAUUGUGUCUGUUGCUCAGCCCUCUGGCCAGCCGUUGCUCGGCACGUUGUCGGCACGGUACCUGGCGGGGGCCCAGGUCAGAAUUCGGGCUGUAUUGCGCCCCAUGCCCGGCUCGCGUGGCUCGAGCCCAGUGCUUCGCGGCCUUCUCGUCGCGCGCGGAAUGCCAGCCUGACGAUGCUGCUCCAGAUGGCGCUCGUGGCGGCCGCGCUGACGGCGUUGUCGGGCGGCGCCACUGCCGCUGGCAGCACCCGCGCUAGGCUGGACAUCGACCUGAGCAAGCCCCGGGUGCCGUUCGACCACACGUGGGAGGAGUGUAUAGGCUCGGGCCACGCGUCAUUGACGCUGCGGGCCGACUGGAGGGAGCACGUCGCGAUGGCGCGGCGCGACCUGGGCAUCAAGAGGGUCCGGUUCCACGGCAUCCUGGACGACGACAUGUCGACCAGCAUGGGGCCCAGUGCCAGCUCAUACGUCAACGUGGACAGUUGGGCAGACUUCAUGCGCGAGCAGAACAUGAGCGCGCUCGUCGAGCUCGGCUUCAUGCCCCGCUGGCUCUCGCGAGGGCGCGCUGGCUUAGGCGGCUUCCAGUGCGAGCACGUUCUCAACCACUACGCCGCCUGCGUGGACCCUCCCAGCAACUUCACUCAGUGGGGCGAGGUGGUGGGAUCUCUCGUAGCACACCUUGUGGAGCGCUAUGGCCUUGAAAGCGUCGCAGACCGCUGGGUGUUCGAGGUGUGGAACGAGCCGAACCUCAAUGGGCAAGCCGAUCCAUUGGUUCCGCCGCCAAGUACGUUCGCUGGGGGCGGUGAUUGGUGGGGCACCGGGAUGGAAUAUUUCGAGCUUUACGCCCACGCCGCCAGAGCAUUAAAGACCGUGAGUCCGCGUUUGAAGGUGGGUGGCCCCGUCACCACGGGCGGCGCCGUUUGGGUGAAGCAGUUCAGGGAGUUCUGCCGCAACAACUCUGUACCGAUCGACUUCAUAUCCACUCACGCCUAUCCAGGCGGUGAUACCGAGAUCAACUCUGUGGCGUCCACCGUGAGGCAGCUCGCGGCCUCGAAGGCGGCCGCUGGGAACCUCCCGCACUUCGUCUCGGAGUGGGGCGGCUCGUGGCAGCAUGGCCCAGUGGGCCCAGAGGGCCCUGGCAACGCGACCACUGGGCGGUGCCACGACGACUAUUCUGCCGCCUCCUUUGUCGUCGCCCUUGUGGACAAAGCGCAGGGACUCGCGGACUUGCUGUCGUACUGGUGCAUCAGCGACGUCUUCGAGGAGUCGGGCUUCCCGGUGGCCAACAGCUCUUUCUUCGGCGGCUUCGGCGUCGUCAAUAUAUACGGGGUACCAAAGCCUGCAUACAGGGCGUUCCAGAUCCUGCACGAGGCAGGCUCGCAGCGCUUCCACACCGCCUUCUCGGGGGACGCCUCCUGCGUUGCCACCCUCGGCGCUGUCGCGACGGCCCCGACCGAGGGGCAGCUGCACCUGAUCCUGUACAGCCAGGCGCCGUCGGGCGAGCCGAUCGAGCCCAUGUGCGAGCUGGAGGUGGUGGUCCACGGCGCGCUCCGCGCCGCAGGGGAGGGCACGCUGCGGCGCAUCGACGGGGAGCACGCGAACCCCAUGCAGCGGUGGAUCGACCUCGGCAUGCCGCAGUACCCCACGAGCGAGGAGAACGCGGACAUCCUCGCGGCCUCCGCGCUGGCGCCCGAGCCGCUGCGGGUGCGGCCCACCGACGGCGGGCUCUCCUUCGCCGUGUCGCUGCCCGCCCAGGGCGUCGCGGCUGUGCAGCUGCGGCUGCUGCCGGCCGGCGUCUUCGUGUGACGCCGAGAGGGAAACAGAGGCAGGGAGAAAGAGAGAGAGAGAGAGAUAAGCG